AUGAUUUCCAUGGGCAAAGGUGGACGUCGGUUAGACGGAGGUGUGUGGCUACGAGGGGCUGUCGCCGUUAUACUAUUUGUGGUUGUCAUCGCCCUGAUAGUACAUUUCACAAGUAGUUCGUCAGAGGGCCCUGGAGGCGCGGCUGCGGCACAGCUACAAGACCCAAAAGUUACAGCGAAAAACUACGUUUUUAUUGAUUUGGGAGCUGGAAAUGGAGACACGUUACGUUCUUUUUAUGGGAAGAUGGGCGGCGAAACGAGCUCUAGUCACACACAGUUUCCUUACGACUACGAACCAGAGGAAUGGCGAGUCUACGCGUUUGAAGCCAAUCCCAAAUACAGCGCUGAUUUAGAAGCACUGCAGAAGGAAUACGAUUUCGACCUAUACGACGAAACAGCUGUCUGGACGACGGAAAGGGGGGCUAAAUUCUACAAGGACACGAGCAGCAGAAAGGGAUACUACGUAAGGCCGGCAGCGGGGGAAGUAGUUGGCACGGAGACGGAUGAUUACGUUGUGCUCAAAAGCGUCUCUUUUACGAGAUGGAUGCGGACCCACGUACGACAAGGUGAUUUCGCCGUGGUCAAAAUGAACCUGGGAGGAGCGGAAUACGACGUGUUAAAAGCUCUAAUUGACGACAAGUCUUUCUGUCUCAUAGACCAGUUGUACGUUUUCUACCAUGAGGACAGAGUAUCGGGAAACGAUGAUUUAGUUCAUUCACUACCAGCUCUAAUUCGCCAGAAAUCUCUAGGUAUAUUCUGUCAAGUACAAAUAUUGUAUGAAACGGGUAUAAGUACGGAUGAAUGA